GUGUCUGUGGCUAGGUACAGCUCUAAGAGGGAAGAUGAAGGCAUCGCGGAGUUGGGCAGGUUGAUCGCCCGAGGGACUUGACAGUCGGGAUGAGAGUUUUGACCAGAUCAAGCUGCCUUCCUCGUUGGGUCCUGCCUGAAGCACGGCAACGGUGACACUCGAUGGAAGGUUCUCAUGGUCCUCCUGGUAUGAAAUUGCAAGCGUGGUGAAGAUGGUGGUUACUAUCACGACACGAGUACAAUCACGAAUGACGUGCUACAUGGUGUUGAACAGAAGAGUCCCAAUCUACAUGAAAUGCGCGGGCCAACUUCGGAUAGAUGCUCUGCACGCACAACGUCACCUCCCGGAUAGCGACAUGAUAAAACAGGAUCGGCCAGUUUGUUUCGUCACACAUGCAUCUCGUUCCCUGCUGGAAUUCUCGGUUAGGUCUCUGCUGCACUCGCCCACCUAUUCUUGUAUCAUUCAUCCCACCUACCUAGAUAGGCAAGUGGUGCCCGCGGGCCUUGGACAUCAGAUAACACAGGUGCAAUGCAGUGCCGCGCCAAGAUGGAGGGCAGUUGUCAGUUGUGCCAAGGGCCACGAGCCAAGAGCCAAGGGCCAAGAGUGUGCCAUGCUUCCCGGAUUGAUGGGUGGGUGUGGCUGGUCUGAGGGAAAGGCGCGCAUCGGCUCGUCGGGGAGCAGAUCCAUCCAGCCCCAAACCCUGUGCGGCACAGAUUCGCAGAUAGAGUAGACGAACACCACAGCAGACAAUGGAAGCGGGCCAGUGCGAGCU